GACUUCGCCACUAUUGAGGUCUGGCGAAACGGCGAAACAGGUAGCUGCUUCUGCCGUACACAUCAGGGACGGCAGAUAUAUCGCAACAUCUUUUGGACUUUUGCCCCAGCACGAUGAAUAGAAACCCUGCGGUUGUGAUGCGCCUGGUGGCCUCAGCCUACGCCGUGGCCGAGAGAGCCGGGUCCAUCGUUAGGAACGUGCUCCAGAGCGGGGAGCUGGGCAUUGUGGAAAAGACCGGAGCCAAUGACCUUCAGACUCUGGCAGACAGACUGGCUCAGCAGAGCAUAUGUGCCUCUCUGUCCAAACACUUCCCUAAAAUUACCAUAAUUGGAGAGGAGGACCUUCCUGAAGAGGAGCCAAGGGCAGACCUCAUGGAGGAGGGCCAGGAGGACGUUAUCCUCCAGAAGUGCUGUCCCUCAGAGUAUAAAGACCUGAAGGAGGAGGAGCUGGUAGUAUGGGUCGAUCCACUUGAUGGUACCAAGGAGUAUACAGAGGGGCUACUGGACAACGUGACGGUACUGAUCGGUAUCUCGUACGGAGGCAAGGCCAUCGCCGGGGUCAUCAACCAGCCUUUCUACAACUACCAGGUGGGAGGAGACGCUGACCUGGGCAGAACCAUGUGGGGCGUGCUGGGACUGGGCACGUUUGGAAUUGAGGUGAAGGAAGUCCCGGGUGACAGACGCAUCGUCACCACCACUCGUUCCCAUAGCAACAAGGUAGUGACCGACUGCGUGGAUGCCAUGGAGCCCCAUGAGGUCAUCAGAGUGGGCGGAGCUGGAAACAAGAUAAUCCAGCUAAUUGAGGGGAAGGCCUCUGCCUAUGUCUUUGCGAGUCCAGGAUGUAAGAAGUGGGAUACUUGUGCCACUGAGGCCAUCCUGCAUGCUGUGGGAGGUAAGCUGACAGACAUGCAUGGCAAUGACUACCGCUAUGAUGCUAAUGUGAAGCACAUGAACUCAGCGGGCGUGUUGGCCACGCUCCACAACCACCAGUACUAUGUCAACAGAGUGCCCCAGUCGGUGCGCUCAGCCCUGAAGCAGGACUGACACCUGGAGCCUCAGGAGAAAAAUCGGUGCAAUUUAAAUUGACUCCUCUGGCGGUCUCGAUGAUAGCGAGAAGGUUGGUUCGAUGAAGAAGAAAUGGGUCUGACAGCUGAUUGGUUGAUGUCUUUAAUAUGUGAAUGACAAUAUUGAUACGAGGGCAUGUAUAACCUCAUGCAGACAUGAAAAUAUAAAGUGUAUCUUUUAUAAUGCCAAGUCACACUGCUUUUGACACCAGAAUCAAUGUGUUGUCAUGAACUGUACAGACGGUUUGCAAUGUAAUAAACGAGUACUGCAUUUUCAGAUGUUUUGUACAAUGAAAUCAGCACUAGUGCAUACUGGAUGCAACUUUGAUCACCUUAUGCUUCUUUAAUGUUAAUUUUAACCGAACUUUCAGAAUUUAAUAUCUUGGAAUUUUCAUUCAUUUGAUUCCAAGCUGAAUUACCAUUCAAUUGUUCAAUCGAAUCGAAAAUAUUACCCACACAAUCUAAUUUACCAAGUUUGAAACAAACCUGUACAAAUCUUAAAAUUGUUCACACAACUGUUCCCAACUUGAAGACUAAAUAGAUUCACAAGGCAAAUUCAAGAUUAAAAUAAAUAAGACUCAAAAAAGGUGAAGGUUACCUCUGUGUGAUGAAAAUUAUCUACUAAAUAACCACUAGAUGGGAGUAAAGUACUGUGAUGCAAACAACAAAUUGCGUUCACUUUACUUUCUGCGUGCUUGCGUAUAUUGUCCUGCGGUGACCAGUGGCAUUGAAGGGCAAUGGAAGAAGACUGUCCAACGCCUAAUACUGUACAUAACUGUAUGCGGUUCUUCAAAUGUGAUAAUGGUGAGCUGAGAUCACCUUUCAAAAAUGGUAGCAAUAAAUAUAUGUGCAAGUACAAAAACUGAGCUGGUGUAUCAAGAACGUACGGACUUCCAAGUACUGCACAAGUACCAUGCUGUAUAGAUUAAUCGUAAUGAACUGAUGGUGUCCCAUUACUGCUCUAUAAGUGACAGACAUUUUCCAAUAUGGAUUUGAUCAAAUUGGUUUCCUCCCUUUGCAUCAAUGCUUCAAAUUGCUUUGUUUCUACUAUUUUUGUAAUCAGGAAUGUAUUCCAACUUGAGGAACAAAGAAAUUGGAGUUAAUUCUUAAAACCAGUUGAUUAAUGCUCAUCUAUUACAUUAAGCAGAUGGCCUAACCAACGUCAUUUAUGGUUACAUUUAUUAUCAAUCAACAGGUGUAAUUUACUGUACACCAUAUGUAUGGACAAUGUUGGCAACCCCAUUAAAGUACA